GCUACUUGAAUUCGCAACUAAACGUUCUGAUCAGUUAUCACGCAGUAAUAUUUCCUUGCUCCACAACACUUCACAGUGGAGUGCGAGAAGGCAACGCCUUGCGAAAGUUACUUGAAAAUGGCGUCCCUUGGUUUCGAAUUCACGUGGAUGAUACCGAUUGCAGUAAUUUGCGUGUUGAUUUACGUAUAUCUUACCUGGACACACAACUACUGGAGGAAGAAAGGAGUGCCCUUCUUAGAACCGAUUUUAUUCUUUGGAUCUCUUAAAGACAACAUUGUUGGCAAGAAGUCUCUAGGAGAAUGUUACCAAGACUGUUACUGGAAGCUGAAUGGAUACAAGUGCGGGGGUAUCUUCAAAUUCCGUCAACCUGUAGUUCUGCUCAGGGAUCCAGAGCUGGUCAAAACAGUUAUCGUGAAAGAGUUCUCAAGUUUUCAAGAUAACGACUUCCACUCCAAUGUUGAUAUAGAUCCUCUAUUUGGGAGGAAUCCUUUUGUUUUGAGGGGAAACGUGUGGAGAGAGACGAGAUCAAAACUAACACCCGGCUUUACGUCAGGAAAGUUGAAGUUGAUGUACCCUCUUAUCCACGACGUCUGCAAGGACCUACUCGAGCAUCUGAGGCAAGACAACGGUGAAGGAGGGCUGCGGCAAACCAAGGCAAUAACUACAAAGUUUGCAGCGGACUCAGUGGCCAUUUGUGCAUAUGGGCUUCGGCAGAACUCGUUCCUAAAUCCUGACACCGAAUUUCGGAAAUACGGAAGGAAGUUCUUGGAACCCACUUUAUGGAGGGGGAUCGAGCAGACUUCUGUAAUUCUUACUCCAAAGAUUGCUGAUUUUUUAAGAUUGAAAUUCACGCCGACAGAAGUGAUUGACUUCUUCCGACGGAUGACCAAGGAAACAGUGACAUAUCGCCUGGAAAAUAACGUGAAACGAAACGACUUCUUGCAGUUACUGAUUCAGCUCAAGGAAAAGGCUGAAAAUCUUAAUAAUUCCAAGGACAAAUCGAUCCCAUGGCAUAAGAAGUUCACGGAGGAAGACAUUGCUGCGCAGGCCCUGACUUUCUUCGCAGACGGAUAUGAAACUUCAUCCACUGCAUUGUCUAUUCUCAUGUAUGAUCUGGCCUGUAACCCUAAGGUGCAAGAGCGGCUGAGGGAGGAAGUGGACUCCGUGAUGGGGCAACACAAUGGACAGGUGGACCUGGACAUCAUCCAUGAAAUGGAAUACCUCGAAAUGGUGGUACAAGAAUCCUUGAGAAUGCACCCACCAGUACCACUGAUGAACAGGUUAUGCACAAAGCCGUUCGAACUGCCACUGCCGAAUGGAGGAACAUUCACUGUGGAAGUCGGCACACCAGUGGUGACACCUAUGCUUGCUAUUCAGAAUGAUCCGCAGUACUUCCCAGAUCCGACCCAUUUCGAUCCCGAGCGGUUCACGGAAGAAAACAAGGAGAAAAGACCCCGAUACACGCAUUUCCCUUUCGGCGAGGGACCCAGGAUAUGCCUAGGCAUGCGGUUUGGUCUGGCACAGAAUAAGGCUUGCAUCGUUCAUGUUUUAUCAGAAUUUGAAAUUCGCAAAUGUGACAAAACACCAACAUCUCUUACACCAAUACCGACUGCAUUUAUUUUUUCACCAAAAGAAGAAAUAUGGGUGGAGUUCGUCAAAAGAACCGACAAAUAGAGGGAGAAAAACAGAAAAUAAAGAUGUAAAUCAUUGUUGUCAUACAUGAAUAUCAUCUUAAAAUUAUAUCUCUCUGAGAACAAGGAGACCACGGUGUUAAAUGAAUUGUGUGUAAAACUAAUCUGAAAGUAUUAUAUUGUCACGUGUUAGAUAUUAAAGACGGGGUUUGCAUUGGU